ACUUAAAUUCUAUCACAUGCAACAAGAAAAAGUUAAAAUAAGUAAGGACACAAUCUUGGAAACAUCUAAUAAAGAGUAGAAUAAAUUCAAACAAUUAAUGAGUAAGAAUGUUAGGGUCAAAUAUCGAUCAUAGAUAUAUCAAUGACAAAAAUCACUUAAACAUGACAAAGCGUAUUGUCCACAUAACUGAGCCGGAAACGUUGAGAGAAUAAUUCCGCAUAUGCCGUGCCGAUUCAAACGACAAUAAAUCAGAACAGACUACAUAUAUUUAUUCCCAAAAAGUUAAUAAGUUAUCUACCGCAUGCAUAAGAAUUAUUCGUUAUUAUAUAGUAUACUUUAUAAGAAAAUCCUAUGUAAUAAAUAAAUAAAAAGGAAUAUAAUUAUGUAAAGUCAAAAAUAGAUAAUCUAUCUAUUUAAUCAGUCGAUACGUGAAAUGAAUGUUAUAGUUGCAACGGUCAAUGCUAGCAUUGCCAAGACCUGUCCAUCUAUGAUGAUGUAUCCCAGUGCAAGGCCCGAGUCUAUGGAUCUGGGUCGUAGAACUAGAAGAUCUGCUUUCUACUUCAUGGUUCUGUUCUUCCUUGAAACGUUCAACGGUCAAAUUUUUCACCUUGCUAAGACCGAACAGCUUGCAAAUUAAGACCUAAUAAACUUCUGCUCAUUCUACUCACUCGUAAGACUUUGACCGACCAGUUGCAAAAAUAGUAGUAUAAAUAUGGUUUUAUUAUUUUAUAAAACCCUCAGAAAACUAUAAUCUCUCAAGUUCAAUCUUUAUUUUGUUGAGAUUGCUUCACACAAGAUGGGCUUCACAUGGGGAAUGAGACUACGUGGAGCUAGCAAGAAGAAGAUAGCGCCGGUAAUGAGUUGGUCGGAAUCGACAUCGGAGCCGGAUAUAACGAUUCCGCCGGAGUUUCAAUGCCCGAUCUCAAUCGAUCUCAUGAAAGAUCCGGUGAUAAUCUCCACAGGCAUUACCUACGAUCGCACAAGCAUCGAAAAAUGGAUCGAUUCAGGGAACAACACGUGUCCUGUCACGAACACGGUCUUGACCACAUUCGAUCAGAUCCCGAACCACACGAUUCGCAAGAUGAUCCAAGGAUGGUGCGUGGAGAUAGGAUCGUCGUUAAUUGAGCGGAUCCCAACGCCACGUGUCCCUUUGAUGCCGUGUGAGGUCUACGAGAUCUGCAGAAAGUUAUCCUCUGCUACGCGGCGGGGGGAUUACGAGAAAUGCGAGGAGAUUAUUUGGAGGAUUAAGAAGUUGGAGAAAGAAAGCGAGAAAAAUAGAAAUUGUAUUAUCGAAAACGGCGUCGCAUUGGUUUUGUGUGAUUGUUUCGAGAAGUUCUCGGCAGACGAGAAAUCAACGUCUCUCUUGGGAAAGAUUUUAUCUCUGCUGACGUGGAUGGUUCCUAUUGGGUGGGAGGGUUUAACGACACUGGCGUCUGCGUCGUCGUUUCGUUGCAUCGCGGGUUUCUUGAGGAGCAAGGACGAUACAGUUCGUGAAAACGCUGCGUUUUUGUUGAAGGAGAUUCUGUCGUUGGAAGAAACGCAAGUUCACGCGUUUGCGGAGGAGAACGGAGUCGCGGCAGCGUUUUUUAAACUGAUCCGCGAUUCGGUUUCUUCUAACGCAACGAAAUCUUCGUUGAUAGCGGUUUCUCAAAUGGUCUUGGCAAAGCCCGAGAUCGCGUCUGUGUUUCUCGAAAUCGGUCUUGUGAAUCAAACGGUGGAGAUGAUCAUUGAUGGUGAGAAUAGCGUUUGCGAGAAAGCGUUGGCGGUUCUAGACGCGGUUUGCGAAACCAGCGAAGGGAUAAAGAAAGUGAGGAAAAACGCGUUGGUGAUGCCGCUUUUGGUGAAGAAGAUUCUUAAGGUCUCUGAACAAGGGACGGGGAGCUCAGUGUCUGCGAUUUUGAAGCUGUGUAAAGCAGGGAACGCGUCCACGGUUGAAGAAGCGGUGCGUUUGGGAGCGUUUCAGAAGAUGUUUUUGGUGUUACAGGUUGGGUAUGGAGAAGAGACCAAGGAGAAAGCGACAGAGUUGUUGAAGAUGAUGAACACACAGAUGAAACUGAUGAGUGAUGAUGUUGAUUCUUCAAUGGAGUUUAAGUAUCUUAAAAAGCCAUUUUGAAGUAGAUAAAUUGUAUAAAGACAACCACAUUCUUUGCAAAUCAGAGAUAUGAUCAUUUUGAAAAUGAAGAAGAUGACCAAUGUGAAUUUAUAUAAAA